GUACUUCACCCUGCCGGCCGCCUUUCCCAGGUAGACGGGACGGACCGCGGAAAGUCUUCUCUCCAGACCUGCAGUCACCUCACGUUGUCCAUCAUGGCGGUGAAUGGCUCGGCAGACAUCCUGACCUCUGCCUACCUGGCGGCGGAGUACGUAGAUGCGGUGCUGCCUGAAAACCCCCUGCAGCCCUCUCUGAAACACGCCUGGGGCUACAUGAUGGACAACUACACCAAGUUCCAGAUCGCCACCUGGGGGUCGCUCAUCGUCCACGAGUUCAUCUACUUCCUGUUCUGCCUGCCCGGUUUCCUCUUCCAGUUCAUGCCUUUCAUGCAGAAAUACAAGAUCCAGCAGGACAAGCCAGAGACGUGGGAGAAACAGUGGAGAUGUUUCAAGAUGCUUCUGUUCAACCACUUCUGUAUCCAGCUGCCGUUGAUCUGUGGGACUUACUACUUCACUGAAUUCUUCAACAUCCCUUAUGACUGGGACUCCAUGCCCCGCUGGCCGUACGUCCUGGCUCAGUGCUUCGGCUGCGCUGUUGUUGAAGACACCUGGCACUACUUCCUGCACCGCCUGCUGCAUCACCGCAGGAUCUACAAAUACAUCCACAAAGUCCACCACGAGUUCACAGCUCCGUUCGGGAUGCAGGCAGAGUACGCUCACCCUGCAGAGACUCUCAUCCUGGGCGCUGGUUUCUUCAUCGGCAUCAUGAUCUUCUGUAACCACGUCUUCUUCCUGUGGGCCUGGGUGUCCUUCCGCCUGCUGGAGACGAUCGAUGUCCACAGCGGCUACGACAUCCCUCUGAACCCGCUCCACCUGAUCCCGUUCUACGCCGGCACCCGUUUCCAUGACUUCCACCACAUGAACUUCGUGGGGAACUACGCCUCCACCUUCACCUGGUGGGACAAGGUGCUGAAGACGGACAACCAGUACAACAAGUACAUGCAGAAACAGGGAGACAAGAAGGAGCAGUAAAGCUCUCUGUUCCUCCUCUGGCCUCCUCUAGCAGGAGGCGGGGAGUCCUACAGACACACAGACACUGCUGCUGUUACUCUCACACACACUAAAAGUGUGCUGGUUUGUAAAUUGGACUGCAGAUCUUUUGUGCCUUUCUGAAAAAUAAGUAUUUUUCUGCCGGCUGAAUAAAAAACCAUCAACAUCCUCAUUUUAAUUUGUUUUUCUGCUUUGUCACUGAAUGAAAAAAACAGUUUGUACCGUUUUACUUUCUUGUGAGUUGCUUUCGUUUACCUCUGAAU